ACCAGAGAGGAAGACGGCGUGGCUUGAGAAGAAUGACAUUAAGUUUUCCUAAAGCCGAAUACAAUUGGAAUUACAACCAUUUUUGUACUAGUAUAUGGGUAGCUUAAAGACAACAGUCAAGUGAGGAGGACAACUCAGCCAUACUUAAAUUUGCUGCUAAAGCCUCCAUAUUUAAAACAAGAACUUUCUGUUUUUUAUGCUGUUUUUUAUGAUAUAAAAUCAAAUUUCCUCCAGAGAUUGACGAAAAGAUAGGGCGACUGAGACGGGGGAGGUGGCAGAAAAGUUUCCGUCAAGGAACUGAAGAUCUGCAAUGCCUCUGCCCAGCAUUACCGGAAUGGAUACUCCCUUUGGGGAUGCCUUUCAAAACUGCUCUUUUACUGACCAGGUGCUGACCAGCACAGACCUGUUGGCUAACAGUUCUGACCCAGAUUUCAUGUAUGAACUGGAUCGGGACAUGACUUGUCGCCAGAGCCCUAGAGGAAAUAUUUUCACAGUCGGAGACUGCAAAGACUUGGACAGCAUGGAUCAUCUACCUGAACUGGUAGAUAACGACCCUGCUUAUAGCUCAAACUUUGAGCAGUGGGACACGUACUGGGAGGACUUGACUAAGUACACUCGCCUCACCAGUUGUGAUAUCUGGGGCACCAAGGAAGUAGAUUUCUUGGGCCUUGAUGACUUUUCCAGCCCUUACCAGGAUGAGGAGGUGAUAGGACAGACACCGACCCUGGCCCAGCUCAACAGUGAGGACUCGCAGCCAGUUUGUGACACUCUUUACCAUCCGGACUUGCUGGUGGGUCAAAAGCAGCUUUUGUUUCCACCUCCCACCAUGGCCAAGAAGACUAACAAACUCAGCCACUCUGCAACCAGCUCCUCAUCGAGUCACAACCCUCUGCCGGACUUUGCAGAGGGAUCCCAGAAAGCUACCUGGCCUGUUCCCUCCAGCACUGACAUAAUGGCCAAGGGCCAGUUUCAGGGCCCUAGCAAAGCCUCGACUGCACCUCUGGGCAACAUGGAUUACGUUCGCAAAGCCAAGGUACGCAUCAGCGUACCACGCAAGCCUUUAGUAGAGAGCUCCGCCCAGAUUAGUGUUUCUGCCUCUCCUCUUAUCCAGGAGCACGAGUCGUCAGCUUCGCAGGUCAGCGAGGACCCAGCCGUCGACGCUUCUAACACGGCCUCUUCCAUUAGCUGUGAAAAGAGAGUGGAGACUCCUAAACAAGAGGUACCGACUGGUCCUGGUCCAGAAAUAGGGACCCUGAGGACGGUGCCACACAAAGUCCCCUUCGCUGCAGCUGCCGGCAGUGAAACCUUGCUCACCGUGAGUGCCCUUGGAUCCGACGCUUCUGCCGCUGACAAAAAGAAGGAGGAAGAGCACAACUACUCGUUAUUCUUGACCAGGGCCAGGCUGGCAGGGAAGGCAACUGCUGACAUGGAAGAAGAGGAGGAAGAGGAGGAGGAGGAAGAAGGUGAAGAAGAGGAAGAAGAGGAGGAGGCAGAGGGAUUGGAUCUAGACGAUGAAGAUCAUGAUGAAGGGUUUGGCAGUGAACAUGAGCUCUCAGAGAAUGAAGAGGAAGAGGAGGAGGAAGACGAGGACUAUGAGGGCGACAAAGACGACUACAUUAGUGACGCAUUCUCAGAGCCAGGAUGUGACACUGAUAUGGCUGAUGAUGUCAAAGGCCUGACGGCUGGAAUUUCCAGAAAGAGGGGAAAGCGUCGAUACUUUUGGGAGUAUAGCGAGCAGCUCAUCCCAUCCAAACAGGAGCGCAUGCUGAAACCCUCCGAAUGGGACAGAGACACACUUCCCAGCAACAUGUACCAAAAGAAUGGCCUGCACCAUGGAAAAUACACACUGAAGAAGUCGCGGCGGACGGAUGUGGAAGAUCUUACUCCAAACCCUCGGAAGCUGCUUCAGAUCGGCAAUGAACUCCGGAAACUCAAUAAAGUCAUUAGUGACCUGACUCCGGUUAGUGAGUUACCCCUAACCGCUCGGCCUCGGUCUCGAAAGGAGAAGAACAAGCUUGCAUCCAGGGCCUGCAGGCUGAAAAAGAAAGCUCAGUAUGAAGCCAACAAAGUCAAGUUAUGGGGCCUUGGAACUGAAUAUGAUUGUUUGCUGUUUGUGAUCAAUGCAAUCAAAGAAGAGAUAGUCAGCAGAGUUCAGGAUAUCUCACAUGACAAAAGAACAAGCAUGACCGAGAAGCUGGAUAAACUCAUUGAGGAUACCUUAGUGCAGCCACCAGUGGCCGGCCAGACUUCAGACUUUGUGAAUCAGAUCCUGGAGAACACUGGGAAAGGAGAUCCCACCGGAGGGCUGGUGGGAUUGCGUGUGCCCACAUCGAAGGUGUAGAGUCACGCCGAAAGACACCUCGGAGCACACACGAAGCCAUCCGCGCCAUUCUUGUCCCACACUGUAACGGCCCAACACUCUGCAUGCCCAUUUUCACUUGGAGACGCAUCCUCACAUUUAAAGUGAAUACAUGCAUACGAUACUACUUGUCCGUGCAUACGUAUGUAUAUAUUCACCUCAUGCGCACCAGUGGAAAUGAAACUAGUAGUUAACCUUUGCACUCAAUAGUCUGUUUCCUACCAUGUGUGCAUGUGGCUGGUAUCGAUCAACAGGCCGCCAUGUUGCAAAUAUUAAAAGCCAAUAUACGAGAUACCUCCAACAAAUAAGAAAAAGAGAGAGGAAAAAAGCUAAACAAUGAGCACCAGUUGUUGCUGUAGCCAUUUUCCUCUUGCGUCCAGCUAAAUCUGUCAAAUGCCCAUUAAGAGUUUUGGAAAGCAGAGGCGCACUCUGCAGAGAAACUACGAAGGCAUUAGAUCCUUUGAUUUAGCGGUCAAAAAGGUGUAAAUGCAGACUUUCUGAGUUUUUGAACACGGCAUGUACGAUUUCACCCGAGUUAGGCCUACUUUAUGCACUUAUUAAUCUCUCAACUGAGGGUGUAAGUGUCCUGGGGGGAAUCCUGUUCCAAGCAAUUUUUUUGAGGAUCAAUUGAGAUACACCAACUACAAAAAGGCAAACACGAAAGAACACAAAUACCGAUGUAUAGCGCAAAGUUACUGAUGUUCGGUGUAUAUAUGUAGAACAGGGAUGUUUCAGGAGAGUAGCAGGUGAGGAAACGGGCCUCAGAUGCCCUUUUCCACAGAUUUGCGAUCGUCUCAGGUUGGAAAGAGAGAGAGAGAGAGAGUGUGUGUGUGUUUUUAAAUUUUUUUUUAUUUUCUUUCUUCUUUCCUUGACUUGAGCAGAUGGUCAGUUGAAUUCCUUAUUGUAAAUAGGCUGAUUGAUCGAUUAUUAUCCACUGGUGAAAUCUUUUCCUUUCUACACUUUGGUUGAAGUGCCCUCACGUCAAAUCACCUUUGAUGUUGUUUUGCAAGUUCUCAAAAGGGGCUUAAAAAAAAAAGCUGAUUCCCAGAUUGGGUUUUGUUUAUAUUUGUACUUUAUACAAGUAAGAUUCAUUGUGCCUUGUAAUUGCGGAGUUGAGGAAAAAUAAAACUCAAUAGAGAGCGCAAAUGGACCAUUUAGCAGAAAGCAAGGGGAGUCAGUGGGGGGGUGGGGAGGUUUGUAAUGUAUUUCAGCUCUUUAAAGAUACUCUGAAUGUACAUAGGAACAUGGAAAAUAUAGAUAUAUGCCACAGAGUCUGUGCUUUGUAUUUUAAGAUGGCUCUGGCAAAUGUACUUUUUUCGGUACUUCAUUUAAGAGGGGAUGGGGGGUGGGCGGUGUCGUGAUAUAUGAGAAAUAUUCACAUAUAAAAAACAAAAAAAUGAUAUUUGCACACUAUAUUUUGAUUGUUUUGUUUUUUGUACCAAAGACACAUGCAACUGAAAAUGGCAACUAGCCAGUCUAAGUAAGGUUUUGCACAGCUUACCUGACACCGUAUUGAAUGUAGGAAAAAUGGUAGGGUCAGGGAUUCUACUGAACUGUGAAAUUUGCUUGGGUCCAAUUCUCUGCAGAAAGAAGCAUUCAUUUGCAUCCUCAUCCAAUUUUGUACUGUUCUUUUUGUUCUCAUAUAUAUUUCUUUGACACAUUUGUACCGCCAUUCGGUUUCCCUCCACCGAAGUUUUGUUUUGCGUAUUUAAAAGAUAAGCUAUAAAGUUAAUGGAGAUUCUUCUAUUUUGCCCAUAGAAGAUAUCACAGAACCAAAAGGUUUACUAUUCUUCCUAUAGUUGUAGAGGAGAGUGCAUAUACAAAAAAUUAUACAUGUUUAUAGUUUGAAUACGCAUUAAUCCGUGCACACAUUAACCUUUUGAAAUGAUGUUACUCGGCGUGAAACAUUUCUAUUUUUGUCUUCUUACUCUUGAGUAUUGUUGAAAGAGAAAUUGAAUUGCGUAUAUUUUUGUAGAGAUUGCCUUUAACUUUCCUUUCUGCACUACCCACAGAUCCCUCUCGGAAAAUUCGGAAAUGUUUUCGAAAGCUCUUAUCUUGCUAAGGGAAAUCAGAUGAUCCUUUGCAAAUUGUAUAAAGAUAGAUUGUCAGUUAAAAUCCUCUUUUAAAAUUGUAUUUAACACAAUCGUAUGUAUAACGUAUAUAUACUUAAUCGCCCGAAUCUCACAAUAAAAAGUCCAGGUUGUUUUUAACCCCAGUAUCGAAAAAAAAUAUAUAUAAAUUAUAUUGUGCAUAAACACAGUGAAGCCUUAAAAUAAAAAUUAAG